AUGGCAGAUCUAAAGACCCACGUGCCGAACCCGGUCAGCGACAACGGCAAGGACACCGCCUCGGUCUACCAAGACUCGAACACUUCUGCCGUUGUCGGUCGCGAGAACCUCUCUGACCACGUGCCUCCGCACGAGUCCUACGAGGGAAAGCACCGGUGGGAUCCUGCCGCGACCUGGACCGCAGCCGAGGAGAGGCAGGUCGUGCGCAUCACGGACAUCAAGUUGCUUUCGAUACUCUGUGUCAUGUUCUUUGGUCUCCAGCUGGACAGAGGAAACUUGAGCAACGCUCUAGCCGACGAUUUUCUCAAGGACAUGAAGCUCAGCAGCGACGACUACAACAAUGGAACCACGAUCCAACUGCUUUCUUUCCUGGCCGCCGAGUUUCCCGUCCAGUUCCUCACCAAGCGGUUCGGCUUCAAGUACGUGCUGCCAACCAUGAUGAUGAUGUGGGGUAUCGUCAGUUGGGCGCAGGCCUGGAUGACGACCCGCGCUGGAUUCUACGUGACACGGGCCCUCAUUGGGGCGUGCGAGGGUGGCUUCAUCCCCGGCACUAUUCUCUUUGCGACUUACUUCUACACGUCCAAAGAGCUCUCCGUCCGACUCGCCGUGUUUUGGUCCACAUUGAACGUUGCGCGAGUCAUAUCGGCCUUGCUGGCUGCGGGCAUCCUCGAGAUGCGCGGUAUCGGGGGACACCCUGGGUGGUUUUGGCUCUUUCUCCUCGAAGGGCUCCUCACCUGUGUUCUGGCUGCUCUGGCCUUCGUUUGGCUCCCCAGCUCCCCGACCAGCACCACGACGCCCAUCUGGAGAAAGCCAUGGUACACGGAGAGACAGGAGGUCAUUAUGACCAACCGUAUCCUCCGCGACGACCCGGCCAAGGGCCUCACGGCGCUUAAGGAGCCUGCGACGUUCAAGGACAUCAAGAAUGCCUGGGCCGACCCCUCGAUGUGGGGCCUCUACUUCAUCGGCCUCAUCGCCUACAUCCCCGCCACUCCCGUCCAGGCCUACCUCACGCUCACGCUCCGCAGCCUCGGCUUCACGACGUUCAACUCCAACAUGCUAACGGUGCCCUCUGCUGUUCUGCAGAUCAUCACGAUGCUCGCGCUUGCUUUCAGCAGUGACUACUUCAAGGAGCGCGCGUUCCACUGCAUCUUUGGCGAGUUCUGGAUCAUGCCACUUCUCAUAACGCUACUCACGCUGCCGGACGGCGGCCGGGAAUGGUCUCGUUACUCGGUCAUCACGCUCAUCUCCGGAUACCCAUACUUCCACCCGAUUGUUUCUUCGUGGAUCUCUGAGAACACGUUCGACGUCAAGAAGCGCGCCAUCUCAGCAGCGACAUACAAUGUCAUUGUCCAAAUCGGAUCCCUUAUCGGCUCGCAGAUCUACCGCAAGUACGACGUUCCCUACUACAAGCGUGGCAACACCGUCUGCGUGUCCAUCUGCGCUCUUAGCCUUGUCGUGUUCUUGGCCCACCGUCAAGUUCUUAUAAUGCUGAACAAGCGCAAGGAGAAGGCGUGGAACGCCAUGUCGAGCGAGGAGCGACAGGCGUACCAGAAUGACACGAUGGCGCGUGAACAGGACGGAAACAAGCGUUUGGAUUUCAGAUUCGUUUACUAA